CGCUCUACUCCAUUUAACAUCCACCUGAAAUUGCUCUCCUAACACAUAAAUUUCUCUUCCGCUCUCUCUCUCUCUCUCUGUAUUGACAUACACGUAACACAAACGUGCAUUCAUGGCUUCCCAAAACCUGAAGCACCGUAUCAAAGAUGGCCCGGCCGACACGCCCAACGUGGACAGCAACUACACCAAAAACAAACGGGAUAAGAGAGCGGACAUGGCCAAGCGUGGCCUUCGAUCAUUGUCCAUAGCCGUUGCUCUUCCUCUCGCCCUUAUCCUUUUUGACAUCUACUUUUUUGGUUCAAGUCGUAGCUAUGUCGCAAUGAAGAAACCAUUCUGGUUCCCUCCAUUGUGGGUGAUACACACAUUUUGCAUGGCUUCGAGUUUCUUAAUGGGUCUCUCGUCGUGGCUUGUAUGGGCUGAAGGUGGUUUCCACAAGAACCCAAUGGCUUUGUCUUUCUGCUUGGGUGAGCUUUUAUUGAGUUUAGCUUGGCAUCCUAUUGUGUUGCAUGUGGGUGCCAAUUGGGUCGGGUUGAUUUUGUGCUUAGCUACGUUUGGGGCUUUAGCGGGUUGUUGUCGGGCUUACCGGGAGGUCAAUCCAAUAGCUAGUGAUUUGGUAAAGCCAUGUUUGGCUUGGACGGCGUUUUUGGCCAUUGUAAAUCUCAAGCUUCUUUUUCUUUGAAGUGUAGCUGAUGAUGCCUUUACUUGUGUUGUACUUCCCUUUAAAACAAUAUGUGAAGAUAUAAUAAGCAUUAACAUAUAAUUUGAUUUCA